AAAAAAGCAAUAUCGCUUGUACAACUAUCGACCUUUCCCGGCCAGCUGCAUAUCUGCCAUUAUAUCUGAGCCCGACCGCCUAGUCUGCACCUUCCAGCAUUUAUUGUCAGUUGCGUUCUUGACUACACCUUAAUUUCCCGACUAUCGUCAUCAUGGCUUUGGCUAGAGCUUUCACCAAGCGCAGCAAGCGCCCCGAGGUCUCGGCCCCGAUGCCAUACCGUGAAUCACAUAAACACGCUGGUCCGAUCAAUCGAGACAAGAUCUCGGCUCCCGUGGAGUUGUUGUCGACGACGAACAUGCUGGCUUACAAUGCGCCCGACAUCCAUUCGGCGACUUCGUCUUCUACCUCUUCAUUGCAGUCGCCCGACGAUUCGGAAAUGUCUUUCACGCAGCGCAGUUUUGGAUCGCCUCUGACUACCCCCGAUGAGUCGCCAAUUGAGCCAAACCCGCUGCCUUCCUAUUUCCCGAAGCGAUCUGCAACCGUGACGAGCCACCCUCGCUCCUCGACAUCGACCAACUCCUCUACGGAUGCGCCGCUGGUUCCCAAACGGGCGCUCUCCCACACAAAGCGGACCCACCAAGAGCUUGCUCGCCAGCGUUCCUUGUCCCGGCUAUCUCCACCUCCGUUGAACUCGUUGCGCAAUGCAUCUGCUGCACGUCAGACACAGGAUAGCUACAAGGCCGAGCCCCAUCCCUUCAGCAAGGAACUUGAGCAAGUGAACGAGGUGGUCGAGGAGUUCGGUGGCACCCGUAUACUUGACGACGAGGAGUUGAUCCUACGAGAUAAGGGAUUGAUGAAGUUCACCGCAGAUGACUACCUCGUGGAGGUCGAGGCCCUUUAUGGCAGCGUCUUUGAUGAUUAUCUUGGCCCGAUAGGUACGGGGGCCUGGCUCUGAAUCGUGACCCCGUUCGCUGUUUUACUUUCUCUACCAUCUUUUCCUUACUUUUUUUGACUCCCGAGGGAUUCCGCCUGGAGGGCUCUGGAUAGGAACUGGAUAUUUCCUUCCCUCGCCAGGAUUGACUUGUGCCAUGACCCACUCAUAUUCACUCUUUAAUGUCUUGUGAUCUAAUUACUCGGUUUCAUCUUCAUUUUGAAUUAGCUAGAUACCACUGGGAGGAGCUUGAUCUAUCACCCCCAACAUUGCUUUUUUUAUUUUUUGUUUCAUUUAUUGGUUGCAAGUUGGUGCUUCCAUGUUGCGUGGAUCGAAUUAUUCGCUCUGCUGACUGGCUAUGUGACGGACUCUGACAUGUCUAACGAGGUUCUCGGAUCUGAAUUCUUCUUCCUUAGCGUCGUUUUGAAUGCGAAAGACACUGCCAGGGUUGCUUUUUCUAUUGGAUUAGUCUUGUAACAAUGUCACGAUACAUCAGAAAGUUCUGCAUCUCA